GCGAAAUGUGUUUUAAAAAAAGGUCACGUGAGACACCAUAACAACAAUGUUGUCGUUUCAUUGGUCCAUGGAAUGUGGGCGUUGAUAAGUUUAAAAUCCAAGAAACAAAAAUCAUAUGUGCGGUGCGGUGUUUUGAUGGCCUUCAUGAUAUUCUGGUAGCAGCACUGAGAAUAAUUCAAGAGCUGUGAAAAAAAUCCUAGAAGAAUGCUGAGCUUGGCGCAAAGGUGCAUCUUUCGCCCUCCCUGCGGAGGGCAACAACUGCGAUUCUUCCGUAUGGGCAAAUUGGCAUCCAACAGUGCAGGCCCGUCCAUGAAAAUUUUAAAACCAAUUCUUUUCACUGGCGCCGUUGGAUCUACGUGCUACGUUGGGGCCAGCAUCUGGCAGUACGAGGAACUCAGGGCCAAGAUGAUCAGCAAAUCCCUGUUGCAGCCUAGGUUCAAGAAGGCUGGGUCUCUCAGACAGCACAUGAACGCCUUUUGGAACAGUCUAAGCGAAGGACAGAAGAUUUUUGCACCCAUUCUUGCGUGCAACGUCGCUGUUUUCUGCGCGUGGAGACUGCCAAGAUUGCAGCCAUUCAUGUACCGGCUUUUCUCCGCUGAUCCUGCGCAAAAGGCUGUCUGCUGGCCAAUGCUGCUCUCCACCUUCAGCCACCAGUCCUUCCUGCAUCUGGCGGCGAAUAUGUUUGUCCUACACAGUUUUUGCACAGGAACGGUGGCCAUCCUGGGCAAGGAGCAGUUCCUCGGACUCUACCUGGCUUCGGGAGUGGUGUCCUCCUUGGCCAGCCACACUUACAAAGUUUUGACAAGAUUCCCUGGCAGGUCCUUGGGAGCUUCAGGCGCCAUCAUGGCCAUCCUGGGCUACAUCUGCACCGUGCAUCCCGAUAUUAGGCUGUCGAUUAUUUUCCUGCCGCAAUUCCACUUCACAGGAGAAAUGGCCAUUAAAGGCUUGCUGUUGAUGGACUCUGUUGGAAUGGUGAUGAGGUGGAGAUUUUUUGACCACGCCGCUCAUCUUGGUGGCGCAUUGUUUGGUAUUUUCUGGGCAGUGUGCGGACACAAUUUGUGGAUGAAAAGGGAAGUUCUAGUUACAUGGUGGCACAACAACCGGAGUUCAAAAUGAGUUCUAACUUACUAUCUGUUCCGGUGCUGAGCCGUGUACCCGCCAACUGCACAGUUUGUUCACGGACAAGGAAAUGACAAUACUAUUUCUGUUUGUCCUUGUAUGUUAAAUUUGAAGAAAUAAAACGCAAUUGUAAUUUUAACAGA